AGUUAUAUUCCAUAGUAGUCAGUCAUAGCCAUGGUUUGAGUUGUUCCAGAAAGUUGUUGCGAGACUAUUUUAUCAAUAGGCAAUUCCGUCAAUUUGGAUGAUUCAGUUAUUUUAAAAUAGAAGUUCUACGGAGGAUUCUUAAACGUAAACUUCUCCAAAAUUGUGCUAAAAAUGGCUGACGAAACUGCCACCGUAGAAACCCCAAAAAAUGAGAUGCCAACUCCCAAAAUCCGAUAUGAUUGGUAUCAAACGGAGACACAUGUUUUUAUAAGUAUUUUAGCAAAAAAUUCGGAGCAUGUAAAAGUCGCCACAACUGAAACUACGUUAAGCGUCUCCGCAAAAUUGCCAAAUGGUAGUGAAUAUAGUUUGGAAAUAGAUUUGGCCCACCACAUUGUGCCUGAUCAAAGUUCGCAUAAAGUGCUUGCAUCGAAAAUAGAAGUUAAGCUCAAAAAACGAGACGGUCACAGAUGGCUUGAAUUAGAAGGAGACGCUCGUGCAGAAAAUCCUAUACAGCGUAUUCCCGAUGCCAUCCUACAAGCUGGAAAUCAGCCUCCAAAGUAUCCAAGUUCUAGUAAAAAGGCUCGGGAUUGGGAUAAAGUAGAAAAGGAAAUAGAAAAACAGGAAGCAGAAGAAAAACCAGAGAGUGAGGCAGCUCUCAACGAACUUUUCCAGAAGAUUUACGGUAGUGGCUCAGAUGAAGUGAGACGAGCAAUGAACAAAUCUUUUCAAGAAUCCGGUGGCACCGUUUUGAGCACAAACUGGAAUGAAGUAGGACAGGGACAAGUAGAUAGAAAACCACCCGAGGGAAUGGAAUGGAAAACUUGGGACUCGUAAAUUCCUUACACCGUCCUCUUAGUUCCUAACUUAUUUUUAAUACGUUCUGAGUUAAGGGUUUUUACCGGUGAUUAAAAAAUUGGUGUUACCACUCAUUAAUCUAACUUAUUUUAUAGUUCUACAAUCGUGUAGCAAAUUUAUGUGUUUUUUUUCAAUUUCAUCAUCAUAAUUUACCAUGACGUGGUAUACGCGGUAUACGAUAUAUUAGUAACUGAAAAAACUAGUUAUAAGAGUAUAAAGAGAUUAAUAGAUUUUGAUUCGUUGCAGAGAUUAUGACAGCGUUACUUUUUUAUAACAUUCAUCUGCUGUAAAUCACAAGAGAAUAAUAAUAAUGUUUUGUAAAAGAA